AUUCUCUAGUAUUCUUAUUGUUUUAAGAUGUAACUAUGUUCUCUUAUGUUCUCCUACCUACAGUAUGAUCUUAGACGUUCCCUGAUCCUCCUUGUGAUUUGAAAAGUUCAAUAUGAUAUCUGAUGUUCUCCAGGUUAGAGAUGCCUGCCAUGCUCUCUAAGAUCUCUACCUGUAUGUUCUCUGUGUUGCCAGAUGUUCAUGACUGUUUUGUGAUUUUUAAUGUUAAUUGAUUCUCUUUGAGGUUUUAUAUUAUAUGGUCUGUGAUUGCCAAUGUUCUCUGACGUUUCCCUUUCUUCUCUCUGUUCCAGAGGUUCAGAAUAGCGUCGCCUUGCAGGUGAACUACACUCAGACAGAAAUAUGUGCUUUGGAAUCAGGAUCAGUGGAAAUAAGCUGUACCUACAUCAAAAAAACAACAAUAAUCAAACGUUUAGUUAAAAACACUAUGUGGUCCAUUAAAAGCAAUGAAGGUACUCCAGUUGACCUGAUAUCAGACCCAGAUUACAGAGGUCGUACUCAGUAUCUCUGUCAUCCAACUGGCUGCUCUCUGAGAAUUGCAGACUUGAGAGAAAGCGACUCGGCUCAGUAUCAGUUCACCAUUAAGACAAACAAUGGUAGAAGUUAUACUAGUUCACCCGGAGUCUCUCUGUCUGUCACAGCUCUCCAGGUAAAGGUCAAGAAGUUGGAGUACACAAACAGUUACUGCAAGGUGGAGCUAAGAUGUCAAAGCAGCUGUCAGCCUAAACAUCAGUCCUAUAUCUGGAUCAAAAAUGGACAGGAAAUCUUGAGAGGAACAUCUUCCUCAGUUUUUGUCUUGGUUUAUCCUGCAGACAAAUAUUCCUGUGCUCUGGAAGAAUACAAGGAGUUUCCCUCUCCAUCAGUCUAUGCUCCUCAGCUUCCAUCUGUGUCAAUCAGUCCCACUGGUGAGAUAGUGGAGAACAGAAAAGUGAUUCUGACCUGCAGCAGUGAUGCUAACCCAGCAGCUAACUACUCCUGGUACAAGGAAGAUAAACAAAAACCAGUUAGUAAUGAAUCACAGCUCAUCUUCAGCUCCAUCCAGGCCUCUGACACUGGAAAGUAUCACUGUGUGGCUGCAAAUCCACUUGGGAGGAAAAGGUGUCAACAAAAACAUAUAAAUGUGACAUAUGCUCCUCGGCUUCCUUUAGUAUUAGCGAUUCCUUCAGGUGAGACAGUGGAGGGAAGCUCGGUGACUCUUACCUGCAGCAGUGAUGCUAAUCCAGGAGCUACCUACACUUGGUACAAGGAGGGUGACAAGUCCCCAAAAGCUUCAGGACAGAACUUUGUCAUCUCUAAUGUCAGACCUGAACACAGUGGGAGUUAUUCCUGUGUAGCUCAGAACACUAGAGGUCACCAGAGCUUUAGUGUUCAUCUGACUGUGGUAAAAGAUCCAUCAGUGAAGAUAAUGAAUAUCAUCAGGUUGACUCUGGUGGUACUGAUGCUGAUUCCUGUGGUAGUCUUAUGUCUUUGGACGAGGAAGGGGGAAACUUUGAGCACAGGAACUGGACCGAUUGAAGCUGCAGAGAUGAUGCAGUGUGCAUCUGAUUCUGUAUAUCAGAACAUCUCAGCCUGAAAUGUCAUCAGUGAAGCUAAAAUGGAUUUAAAAGAGGAACAGGAAGACCUGGAUGGAUAUUUAGUCUGGUUUUAACCUCCUGCCAGGAAGAAGGACUAAUUUUCAUUUCAGAUUAUAAAAACCACAACAAAAAAUUGAUAAAUAUGAAAAAUCAUUAUUCAAUCAUCAUUCAUUGGAGCCGCUCCUGUUCAGAAUUCUUUUGACAUGAAUUCAGCAAAUUAGAUUCUUGACCUUAAAAGUGUUUUUGUGUAUGAUGUAUCAGCUUCUUUCUCCUGUAUGCAAGAUAAACAAGAGCAAGAACUCAAAGUAGAACCUGUGUGGUUCAUGUCACAUGAUCUGUAGCUACUCCACUGCAUAUACAUAACUGUGUGAUCAGUUUAAAAUCAUGUUUGUAUUUCAAAUUGACCAGAAUCAGAGCUUUUAGCCAUACUGGUUUUAAUCUUAAAGUGUCUGUGACCAACUUCAAACAAAGAAAAAAGAAGAAUGUACAGUAUUUUACAAUAAAAAGAUAAUUGUGAACCAAAA